AAUUGGGAUGAUGAAGAGUUUACCGAUGCGAGUCGCCGCUCUAAAGGAUCCACCAAUGCCACUAACCGCUUUGUCCAAGCCAGUAAUUUGGCAACCUCGGCCGAUGGCUUACACCUGAUGCUGCACGAGAAUCUCGCUAACGACGACAGGCUUACUCUUCCCAGUUCCGAUAUCCUGGAAGCUGGCACUUCACGUGCUGCUGUAGUCAUCUCUGGUCGCUUCGGCGAGAAGGUCAGCGUUGAGCUUGGCCAGUUUAUAGCUCAUCUUCUAUAA